CACAGCUAAAGUUGAUUCUCAAAACCUCGAAGAAGAUAAAAACUAAAAAAAGGCGACUUCUCUUCUCUUUAACUUAUUCCUCUCAUCGAUCCAUUGUCUGCAAUUUCUCUAAUCCUUUGUCUAAUGGAUUCCGUCUUCUCUAACGUUGCUCGUGCUCCCGAAGAUCCUAUUCUCGGUGUAACUGUUGCUUACAACAAUGAUCCAAGUCCCGUUAAGAUCAAUUUGGGUGUCGGUGCCUACCGAACUGAGGAAGGAAAGCCCCUCGUUCUUGAUGUGGUGCGUAAGGCAGAGCAACUGCUCGUGAAUGAUCCGUCCCGGGUCAAGGAAUACAUUCCCAUUGUUGGUAUUGCUGAUUUUAACAAGUUAAGCGCCAAGCUCAUCUUAGGUGCUGAUAGUCCUGCGAUUACAGAGAGUAGAGUUGCUACAAUCCAGUGCUUGUCUGGUACUGGUUCGUUGAGAGUUGGGGCUGAGUUUCUCAAAAAACACUACCACCAAAGUGUCAUUUACAUUCCAAAACCAACUUGGGGGAACCAUCCAAAAGUUUUCAACCUGGCAGGCUUGUCUGUGGAGUAUUUCCGCUACUAUGAUCCUGCAACACGUGGUCUUGACUUCAAAGGCUUGCUUGAGGAUCUUGGCGCUGCACCAUCUGGAGCUAUUGUCUUACUUCAUGCAUGUGCACACAAUCCCACUGGAGUUGACCCAACCUCUGAACAGUGGGAACAGAUUCGGCAACUCAUGAGAUCUAAAAGCUUAUUACCCUUUUUUGAUAGUGCUUAUCAGGGUUUUGCUAGUGGUAGCCUUGACACAGAUGCACAGUCCGUCCGUACAUUUGUUGCUGAUGGUGGUGAAUGCUUGAUAGCUCAAAGUUAUGCCAAAAAUAUGGGACUUUAUGGGGAGCGUGUUGGUGCCCUUAGCAUUGUCUGCAAGUCGGCAGAUGUGGCUAGUAAGCAUCAAUUGUUGCCACCAUUCUGAAAAGCAGUGAUAUGUACAACAACUGGACCAUCGAGCUGAAAGAUAUGGCUGACCGCAUAAAGAGCAUGCGCCAACAGUUAUUUGAAGCUAUACAAGCUAGAGGCACACCUGGUGACUGGACUCACAUUAUCAAACAGAUCGGGAUGUUUACUUUUACCGGAUUGAACAAGGAGCAAGUUGAAUUCAUGACCAAAGAGUUUCACAUUUACAUGACCUCUGACGGGAGAAUAAGCAUGGCAGGUCUAA